AUGGCAUCCAAACGGCCAAUCUCUCUUGUUGAUCUCACCGGAGAUGGAGAACCACCCACCGAUGCCAGUCGAAAGAUAGCAAGGAAUGGGCUGCAGCUUGGAGACGGCCAGGGGUUCGUGGACCUCACUCAAGGCGAACCGAGCACCCAGAUGGAGCGGGAUGAAGAACUAAAUGCGAUGCAGUCCAUCCAGGACUCUCAAGAGCUUGAUGAUAUGGUAUAUUUAACAUCUGAACUUUAUGGCCACCUUGAAACAAAAGUCGUUGGAGUGAGAUUCUACAACGGCCAUGCCACUGUUGGCGAGUGUGUCAUUAUCAAAAGAGAGCGGACCAACAAGUAUGACAGUAACGCCGUCAGAGUUGACAAUGUCAUGGGCCAUCAAAUAGGCCAUCUGCCUCGCGUGUUAGUGAGCCGACUUGCCCCUUACAUGGAUUCAAAUGAAUUGAUGGUCGAGGGCACGCUGUCUGGUGAAAUUGGAUCAUACGAUUGUCCCAUUACACUACGAUUGUUUGGAACCAGUGAACCCGAAGCACAGGCUCGACUGUUGGAGAAGAUGCAGCGUGAUAAACUGCCGGUCGGUGUCGCGAAAGCGGCCAUAAGGAAGCGAAAACAAGAUGACGCGAAACGGGCAAAGGAAGAUGCAGCAAAGGCUCGCGCCAAUGCCAGGGCACUUGCUCAACAGGAGAAGGGCAAGCCUAUGUUUGCAAAUCUAGCUUCGGGUGGAGAGCAGACUGUACAGACGGAGAGCCUGGAUGAGCUGCUUUCUCAAAGCAUCGCAUUCAAUCCCAGAGAGACAGAAAAGAUUGUCGAAAAGUUCGGCAUGGACGAAACAGAACUGUCCCAGAUGCCGAUGGCUGAUUGCCCUGUUGAGCUUUCUACGCAACUACUUCCAUAUCAGCGACAAGGAUUAGCAUGGAUGCUUAACCGAGAAUCACCAAGUCUCCCAGAAGAGGGUUCUGACGAAAUUGUGCAGUUGUGGAAGCGAGUUGGCAAGAGAUACAUGAACAUUGCGACCAACUACACCUCCUCAAAGGAGCCACCACUUGCAAGUGGUGGAAUCCUAGCAGAUGACAUGGGUCUUGGUAAAACUAUACAAAUUAUCGCAUUAAUCCUAGCUAACUCGGCCCCUAAAACUCCAAAGUCUUCCAGGGCAACUCUCAUUAUUUCUCCUCUCGGAGUUAUGAGUAACUGGAGAGACCAAAUUGCUACCCACGUCCUUGAUAAAAAUGCCCUGCGGGUUCUGACAUACCACGGCGCUGGUAAAAAGGAGGGAGCGAACCUUGGUCAAUACGAUGUAGUCAUUACAACGUAUGGUGCGCUUGCAUCGGAAUAUGGACAACUUCUGGGACCAACGGGGAAACUGGCCAAGACCAAGAAAGGAUUGUUCUCCUUACACUGGCGGAGGGUGGUUUUAGAUGAGGGCCAUACCAUUCGCACACCGAAAACGAAAGCGGCGCGUGCAGCGUGCUUGCUUGAGGCGGGAUCGCGUUGGUCUCUCACUGGUACUCCCAUCGUCAACAACCUGAAGGAUUUGUACUCUCAAGGAAAGUUUAUCAGGCUGUCUGGCGGUUUAGAGGACCUACCAGUGUUUCACAGUGCACUCAUACGGCCCCUUAACGCUGGUGAUGAGAAUGCCAGUCUUCUCCUUCAAGCGCUUAUGGCAACCAUCUGCUUGCGACGCAAGAAAGACAUGAGUUUCGUAAAUCUACGUCUGCCGCCAAUGGAGUCCCAUAUUCUUCACGUCAAGUUUCUUCCUCAUGAGAAGGAGAAAUACGAAAUGUUCGAGGCUGAGGCUAAAGGUGUCUUUAUGGAUUUCCGGUCAAAUAACAAAAAGGGCAAAUCGACGUAUUCACAUGUCCUCGAGGUUCUUCUACGACUCCGUCAAGUUUGUAACCACUGGAAACUUUGUCAUGACCGCGUCAAGGGGCUCAUGGACCUCAUUGAGAAAGACAAAGUGGUGCAGUUAACUCCGGAAAACAUCAAGGCACUGCAAACUGUGUUGCAAUUGAGGAUUGAGAACCAAGAGGAGUGUUCGAUAUGUCUCGAAAGCCUAGAUAAGCCGGUCAUCACCCCCUGCGCACAUGCUUUUGACUACGCCUGCAUUGAACAGGCGAUUGAGCGGCAACAUAGGUGUCCUCUCUGCCGUGCGGAAAUCAAAGAUUGUUCAGCGCUGGUAUCACCUGCUGUUGAGCUAGGAGAGGACUCCAACGAAGUCGAUGUUGACUCGGAUUCAUCAAGCAGUAAGAUCCAAGCUCUUAUCAAAAUCCUAACGGCAAAGGGCCAAGCUCCCGGGACGAAGACUGUGGUUUUCAGCCAAUGGACUUCCUUUCUUGAUUUGAUCGAACCCCAACUCGCCCUAAAUAAUAUCAACUUCGCUAGAAUUGAUGGGAAAAUGAACUCUGCUAAGCGCGACGCUGCUAUGCGCAAGUUAACCCUUGAUCCAGAGUGUACUGUCAUGCUUGCCAGUUUGAACGUGUGCAGCGUAGGCCUCAACCUAGUAGCUGCAAACCAGGUUAUUCUGGCUGAUAGCUGGUGGGCGCCGGCCAUCGAAGACCAAGCUGUUGAUCGUGUAUACCGUCUAGGUCAGACGCGGCCAACAACUGUUUGGAGGCUUGUGAUGGAAGAUAGCAUUGAGGACCGAGUGCUUGAUAUCCAGAAGGAAAAGAGGACUCUCAUGACUACUGCGUUUCAGGAGAAGGCAGGACCCAAAGAUCAGGUCCAGCGAUCCAGGCUGGCUGACCUGGAGAAGCUACUUAGGUGA